CGGGCGCGCGCACGCGCACCGGGGCCUCCACCAUGGCGACCGUGCUGUCCAGGGCGCUCAAGCUCCCGGGGAAGAAGAGCCCAGACCUAGGGGAGUAUGACCCCCUCACCCAGGCGGACAGCGAUGAGAGCGAAGAUGAUCUUGUGCUCAACCUGCAGCAGAAGAAUGGAGGGCUCAAAAAUGGGAAGAGCCCUCUGGAGGAAGCACCGGAGCCUGACUCAGAUGCCGAGGCUGCAGGGGCUGCAAAGCCACACCUCACAGAAGUCACCCCCGAGGGCUUCCCCUCAGAGCCCCUGGGAGGCCUGGAGCAGAAGGCAGCCUCUUCCCUGGUGUCCUACGUGCGCACAUCUGUCUUCCUGUUGACCCUGGGCAUCUCCAUGAUCCUGGUGCUCCUGUGUGCUUUCCUCAUCCCUUGCCCUCCCAGAGAUCUGCACAGCACCUGGAGCCGCCAGCUGGGCUCCCAGGGAGGUGGGGACCUGUCUCCUUUGGAACUGGCUGAUGUGAAUGGAGAUGGCCUGCGAGAUGUGCUUCUCUCCUUUGUGACGUCAUGGAACGAGAGCACAGUAGGUAUCUCAAGACCAACUGCGAAUCUUGUGUGCCUUUCGGGGAUGAAUGGCAGCACGCUGUGGUCAAGUCCCCUCCCUGAGGAGGCCCGAGAUAUCACAUGUUUGGAUCUGGUGCCAGGAGGCUGGGCUGGAACCGUCUGCCUCGUGACAGGAGCUCACAAGAUGCUCAGCGCGUUCAAUGCCACGUCAGGCAAAGCCAUUUGGACUUUAGGUGCAGACUACUUGUCCAACGGUACCUUGGCUGCCCCGGUCGUGGUGCUGCCAGAUGUGGAUGAAGAUGGCGUCAGAGAUCUUAUGGUUCUGGCCAUUGGGGGCUUGCAGGCAGAUCUCUGCUUUCUGCUGGUGUCUGGCCGGACAGGAAGCCCAGUGGGCCGACUCGUGAAGUACAACAUCGUGGGAGUUGGGAAUCUGAUUGGCCCUCAGGUUUACAUCACCACAAAUGGGGCUGUCUACAUCCUGUUUGGCUUUGGAAAUAUACAAGCUGUCGCCCUGCGGGACAUUUUUGUUCAGGCCCAAAAUCGAGACAGCUCACCACCUUCUCUGCAGAUUGAAGAGCCAGAGUGGGAGAAGCGAAGAUCUAUCAACCUGUCUGAGUUCAUUGACGUGUACAGUGACGGUGUUGACCUGCUCCAGAUGGUGAAGGCCCCAGAUUCCAACUGCAGCAACCUUCUGAUUACUACCAGACAAGGCCUCGUCCUGCUUCGGGGGCAAAAUCUCACACCUCACUGGACACUGAGCCUUCAAGGCCUGAGCAGCCAGCCUACUCCUGGGUAUUUCACUGAUGAUCACACACUGGACUUUCUUCUGCAGAUACAGGAUGAUGGAGUUGGGAUGAAAAAGAUGAUGGUGGUGGAUGGUGAGUCUGGCUUCGUGACUUGGAGUUACAGCAUCCCAUGUCACAUGAAGGAAGCGCCAGCCACAUCAGCCGUCACUUCAGACCAGAAGUCUGUCUUCCUCUUCUGGGCUGAGGGGCUGGCUAUCUCUUCCAAUUCCGAUACCACCAUCGUAGGAACUGAGCCACCUAGCCUUCACCACCUGUACCUCCUGCAUCCAACCUUCCCCUCCAUUCUUCUGGAUCUGGCCAAUACCACGGGCACAGUGACAGCUGCAGAGGUUGGAAUUAACGACCUCUGGAAAGAUGCCUUUUAUGUUACCAGGACAACAGGACCAAGCUCUGAAGGCCAUCCCACAGCCCUGGUGGUCAGCAAGCUUAGUCUGCGGUGGGCACUGAUGGAGGGCCAGAUGGCCCAGCUACAGGAGACCACGCCCAAAAUUGGCCGUGGGGAGUUGCGAAGAUUCCUCUCUAGGAUAAAGUUUGUUGAUGCUCCCUGUGAGAUUUAGUCCAGUGGAAUCUUCAGUUUCAGGAGAAGUAAACAGAAUGGAUGUCCUCUCUCCCCUGUCAGUGUAAAAUCCGUUCUUUGGAGAGAAGGAAGACUUCAACCUCAUUUUACCACCUUCACCUUCAUUUUGCCCCAAAGUUGCAAAGCACUUUGGAAUCCUUCGAUAACAGCAUGAUCCGUUCGGCUGGGGCGUCAUACCUACCACCUUCUCAGUCCCUGCAUUAAUGCUGUCUAGGAACUGUAUGGAUAGUUUGGAAGUGUGAAUCUUAUAAGUGUUGUAUGUUUUUUUUUUUUUUUGUAUGUCUAAUUUAUAAACUCUACUGGGGCAUCCAGUGAUGUCUACAACUAGGAAACCUCUUGUUUUGCAUUUGUUUGUAUAUUUUUUAGUGUUGUGGUGAAGUUGUUUUUCAGGUAUAUCCUAAGCUUCAGGGAUCCCAUUUCUUGUCCUUUUGAAAUCGAUCUGGAUUCUUUGGUCAUCUUGAGACUUACAGAUGGCCUACCUCUGAGGGUCUUUGAUGGCCCUACUUUGAGGGUCACUCAUCAUUUCUCCAUAUCUUCUCCUCCUCUGUGCUUUGGCUACUUCCCAGUUGUAAACUGGCAGUGGAAGACUGAAUUAGCUAUCCCAGUAGUUUCAUCUAUCUUGUUUCUUCAGACUUUUCAUCUGUCAUCUAUUACGUGGCCACAAGAAUAACCAUAUUCCUAUCACAACGGGAGCAAGAGAAAUAGAGUUUCGAUGACCCAUCUCUGACGACCAAGUCCAUGUUACAUGUUCUGUGUGGUUUUGAUGGUUCUACCGGUUGCAACCUUUUUCCUGCAGAGACGCAGACCUGUACUGUGCAUGCUGUCUUAACUGAGAGAACUGCUUGUCAGGGCGCGCUGAGGCUGAUGCCUUUCCCAGCUUCCUUGCUUCUCUUUCUUAGCAUCUUUUUCUUUAGGGCACCUCCUACCUUCUCUCACUUGCUUUUUCUUCUAUUCAGGGAUGUGUUUCUGGACUUUUGCUGCUCGAGUCCAAUAUGCAGCCACUUUGCCCUUCAUUCUUCCUUAUAGAGCCUUUGUAGCAUUAUAUUUUGAGGAAAAUUCUUAUGUAAAUACUGUAACUUUUGUAAGUGGUUAAGUUCUUAAGAAUUAUCUCCCUCUUCUCCUGUAUAAAUCUGUUGCUCCUAUUAAGUUCUCUUCUAAACUUCUAAGUCAUUAUUUAUAGAGCAGAAAAUCCUAUGUUAGCUGACGGAGAACUGCUGCUGUUCUUGCAUAAUUUUGAUAGGUCAUUCCUGAGUGUAACUCAGGUUCUCUCUUCACUUGGGCUUUUUUGUAUCUGUUUAGCUUGUGUUAAUAAAAGGAUUAUGGAAAACUGAGGAUUCCAAAUUUAAAGGUCUAUCUCCUAAUUGCCCCCUGACAGGCAUUAUGACAUAAUAGGAGGUUGGCAGCAGUAGAUCCCAGCAGGUGUCAAGCAGGUGUGCUGUUUGGCCUGCAGAUUAUCUGGCCUGCAGAUUGGCCUUACUAGGUUUCUGGGUACCUUUGCCUUAAGACCCUGAGAGCUAAUUUAGUUUCAACACUUUGGAAGUUGUGUGCGAGUCCAGCUUGACUUUGGGGGGGAGUGGGCAAUUUACAAGAUACCCCCUAGAGCAGUGGUUCUCAACCAUCCUAAUGCCAUGGCCCUUUAAUACAGUUCCUGUGGGUCGCGACCUGUAGGUUGAGAACAGUUGCCCUAGAGUAUGGGAAUGAUUCCAGAUUUUUUUCUAGGGUUUGAAUUGACUUGGUUAUAAGGACCUAAGGAUCUAGUUUGGUUUAGUGUAGAAUUCUAAGGAUUAAUUUACAGUCAACCAGACACCCAAAAUUUGGGUGCUGGUCCUAUGGCCUGGCUGAGCUGUCCAGGCAUAACCUGAUACUCUACGGUGUUGAAGCUUUCUGGGAAGCCAGCCACUCUAGACAGGAGUGAAAUGCAAAGUCAUUUACUGAGGACCUGUUUUGGUGGGAUUGUCUUGGCAGAGGAUUGUGUUUAUGCAUGGUGAAUGCCACAGAUAGAAAAGGGAAGCUAGAAAAACAAUGUCCCUGAGUUCUUCUUGAUGUGUUUGCAAGCUAACUUAACAUAGGUUCUUUUGCCUGUGGUAAGUUUGGAUUGCUUUGCUAAACACAUCGCUCUUGGUCCCUUCUCCCUCCUGUAGCCAGUAUGGAAGGGUCUAAAUUGUGGCUGAAGACUGAGCAAGCUUCACCUGACCAGUGUGGUUGCUGGUGUGUCAAAUGUGUCUCUAAAUUUCCUUCUUUUGCAGGCAGCCAUCCACCCAGACAGCCAAGAUAGGGAAUGCCGCUUUCUUUCUUCAAGCCCAACCAGGGUUGCCAGCAAAGCCAGUGUGACCACUACUUAGAAAUAGUAAGGGGACUUCUGCAAAGGCAAGGGUCUUCUCCUCCUCCCAGUCUCUUUCCUUCCCUUAAAAACCCUCCCUUCUACCCUAGACCACAUCCUUGCCGUCCCCCAAACGUGUGGUGUGGUGAUACUAACCCUUAUGAAUGUGAAUUGCUAUCCUAUUGCCUUUGUAAAGAAGAGCCACCUGGUAUGUUGUCAGGAAGUUCUAUUUAAAAUGUGAACUGUUACAGAAUAA